ACGAAGAAGAUGGCGACAAAUUUGAAGGCUAUAAUGUUUUGUGAAUUUCAUCCAGUUGCAGGACCAAAAAUUGUUUACCAAGUACCUGAAGAUUUUAUUUCAAAAGAAUUGUUUGAUUGUGUUGCAGUGUACAUCAUUACCAAACCAGAGUUACAAAGCCAGCUUAUUACUGUAAAUGCAUUUGGUUACAAGUUUAUUGGCUGUCCAAUGAGUAUUACAAAUGCCAAAUACACUCGCAAUGCUCUGUUGUUCAAUGUAUGUUUUAUCUUGGAUGCCACAGCUGAUGUGCAUUGUUUUAAGCCUGUUGUGAAAAAACUUGCUGCAUAUUUAACAUCACUUGAGCUAGAGAAUGGCUUUCUCUCUCAAGAAGGCAGUAAGGAAAGAAUUCCAGAUAUUCUCACAAAAAUUCUUCAUGGUCUGAAUGCUGAAAGAAAGUGCACUAUUCCUAUAAAUGAAGCAACAACAAUUUAUCUUAGUUUGGCAUUCACAAAAGAUCAUAACCCAAAAGUUUUAGAUCAUCAUGUACCAAUAUUUCUUUGGGAAAGUUCAAUUAUAAAUGAAGCUCAGUGGGACAUAACAACACAACAGAUCUUGCCGUACAUUGAUGGCUUCAGACAUAUUCAGAAGAUAGCAGCUCAAGCAGAUGUUGAUUUGAAUUUAGUGCGAAUUUGCAUUCAAAAUAUGGUGCAUUUUCAGGUUGUGACCCUAAUAUCAAUAUUUCAGUAUUCUAACGUUUACAUUCCAACUCCAAAGAUUAACAAUCUGUUUCAAGAUAAACAGCUUCAAGAAGAAUGUAUAAAUUACGUGGCAAGAAAAUUUCGUCGUCCUCCACAAUUUUCUGAUGUUUUCAAGCUGUAUUGUGGUCUCCAAGCUGGUGCAACAGUUCGCGACCUCUGUUCAAGAUACAAUCCUUUCUUUUUAAGAAUAGACGAACGGUGUUUAAUCCAGUUUGGUUUAAUGAAAGGUUUUAUUCGUCGUUUACGUAAAUUCCCAGUUCUUAAACCAGAGAGCAGUAUACAACCAUCGCAAAAGAAGCGACUAGCAAGGUGGCUCAACGGAAGACAUAAUUACGACGAGAUUUGUACAGAGACUGGAAUGAGUCAUCAAAAUUUGGAUGAAAUCAUUGAAAAUCAUCCCGAUAUUGUUGUCGUUUGGAAGUAACUGGCUAAGAAAAAAAA